GGUGUAGCACCCACGUCCUGUACACGGCACGUUAAUUACUGAGCAUGCGCAUACUUUUGGAAGCAAGUCCAGCUGUCAUACCCACACCAUUAAUGAGAUAGAAUGAAUAUGGCAAACAUUCCAAGUACAUCUAAAGUAUUUGCUGCUCCGUUCAAGACGUCAGACUUACCUACAGUCAAAACAAAAGAACGAAAGAAAACGUUGGUACUAAUUUACUUUGGGGGUUCGGAACCUGUCAAAAUCGAAGCCACCACAGUGGAGAGAGCUCUGUGUGAAUUAAGCACAAGCAUGCAUGAGUUUUGACAUAGCAAGCAAAGUCAUUCAAGACAGAAAGAAGAGGGUUCUGGCUCCUACAACGAAACUGGUCAAUGGCGGGGUUUACCAUCUGGGCAAUGCACCCUCCACAAAUCACCCAAGCAAGCACUCACACAAUCCUAUUCUGACAGAAGUGCUGAAGGAAUUAAAGGAAAUUAAAGCUAAACUAAGACAAGUGCAAGAAGAGCAACAACACAGUAGGAAGGCCAUUGACACGUUAAAAACAAUGAUUGAGAAAAACUCUCACGUUUUUACCGUGGAAAGCACGUCGUGGGGUGUUUCUCUGAGUUCCAAUUUGGCCAAACUCUUCCUAAUGUCUGAAAGUAGAGAAAUAGGAGAAGAAGCCAUCAAGGCACAAAUGAGAGCAUGUAUGGACAUGGAUGAUAGGGCAGACACGGAGGUACUGUCACUUACUCUAAAAUGGUGCAAAAAAAGGUUGAGCGAUAUGCGUAUCGACGAAAGGCGCAAGGUGCUAGGUCGCCAACCUUACAAAGGAUUUCCCCUAAAGAAAUGUAGCGACCUAGCUAAAGAGACUGUGAGAACUUUGAAGGCUCCCAUGGACUGAGAGAUUGAGACAGCAUACACCCAUAAUUUAGCCCUGCUAAGAAAGUAUGCAAGAGAAAACCCUAUUGAGGCGCAACAACCGGGAAAGCUGUACAAACUAUUUAAUAAAUGGGUACAACAUGUUUAUGGGGCUUUUAGUGCCAUAUCUACUGAUAAAUGGGCACAGAUACUCCUGAAGGAAAACGGACUAGUACUAACUGUGCCAGAAUCGCCUCUAUCUCCUGCAUUUCAGCGGAGCCAGUCUAGGAGCCAGUUUACAUCUGACUCUCAGGACUCAGACCGUACCACGCUGGCUAGUGACACCCAGUGACACCUCCCAAACAAACUGAACUUCCACAUUAAUUUAUUAGCAGAAGUACGUAUGCCCAUAAUUAUAGCUUAAACUCUACGUGUACUUAA